UUGGCGAUGGACGGGGUGAGGAGGUUAGCGCGUGCUGGACGCGAGAGCGGGCUGCUUAUUUUGUUUUAUUUAGCGCCGGUUUAUGUGGAAGUGUCCGCGGGGAAGUGCGAAACCGGGCCGGGAGGAACUGAGGAGUUGUCGUAGGGGAGAAAAACCGGAGGAACUGACACGGACGGGGAGGCGGAGAGCGAGAUAUUUCGGGCGGGAUUGAGAGACGCUGCAGGCGGCGUGGAGUGCGCGGUGUGACCGCUGGAUUCAUUUAGCUUUCUGGGUCUUUAAAAAAAAAAAAACACUAAUAUAUACACACACACACACACAUACACACUCACACACACACACACACACACACACAGUCUCAAAACACACACACACAGGCUGAGGUGAGUGAGGCAGGGAAGGAGGAUCCAGGGAAGAAAGAUCCAGGCAGGCAGGCGCGCAGCCCCGCACCUGUUCGCCGAGCAGAGGCGCCGAGCAGCGACUUGCGGGCGGAGGCUGAGCCGCCGCGGGCAGGCAUGUGGGCAUGGCCUGUACCAGGAGAACCAAAACUUUAGUGUCGACGUGUGUGAUCCUCAGCGGCAUGACCAACAUCGUGUGCCUGCUGUACGUCGGCUGGGUCACCAACUACAUCGCCAGCGUGUAUAUUAAAGUCCCGGUUCCGGUCCCGGCCAGAAAGUUGGACGGCGACAAAAAGGGGGAAACUCUGCGGAUUAUCGAGCGGCUGGACCGGCUGGAGAACGUCGUUAAUCAGCACAUACAGGAGACCCCACUGAAAGGAGACGACAAUCAGGAAGACAGAUCGUUCGCUGACUCCUCCCUCUUCAACCACUGGGGUCAGGAGCUGAGUCCCGAGAGCCGGCGCGUGGCCCUCAAGCUGUUCCAGUACUACGGCUACAACGGCUACCUCAGCGACCGGCUGUCCAUGGACCGACCCAUCCCGGACUACAGGCCUGAAGGGUGUAAGAACAUCUCCUACCCAUCCAACCUCCCCCAGGUCAGCAUCGUGUUCAUCUUCGUGAACGAGGCGCUCUCAGUCAUCCUGCGCUCCAUCCACUCAGCCAUGCACACGACUCCCAGCCACCUCCUCAAAGAGAUCAUACUGGUGGACGACAACAGCAACAGCGAGGAUUUGAAGGAGAAGCUGCAGGAGUUUGUGGAGGAGACGAACGCUAAGCAUCCAGGCUUCAUCAAGGUGGUGCGUCACAGUAAGCAGGAGGGUCUGAUUCGCUCUCGUGUGAGCGGCUGGAGGGCCGCCUCCGCCCCCGUGGUGGCUCUGUUCGACGCCCACGUAGAGUUCAACGCUGGCUGGGCGGAGCCUAUUCUCCAGAGGAUCCAGGAAGACAGAACACGGAUCAUAUCGCCGUCUUUCGACAACAUUAAAUACGAUACGUUCGAGGUGGAGGAGUACCCGCUCUCUGCUCAGGGCUUCGACUGGGAGCUGUGGUGUCGAUACCUGAACCCACCCAAGUCCUGGUGGAAUCUGAACAACAGCACUGCACCAAUCAGGAGUCCGGCUCUGAUUGGCUGCUUCGUGGUGGACAGGGAGUACUUUGCUGAGAUCGGGCUGCUGGACGAGGGCAUGGAGAUCUACGGCGGGGAGAACGUGGAGCUGGGUGUGAGGGUGUGGCAGUGUGGUGGCAGCGUGGAGGUGUUGCCCUGUGCCCGGAUCGCCCAUAUUGAGCGUGCUCAUAAACCCUACACUGAGGACUUAACUGCACACGUGCGGCGCAACGCUCUCAGAAUGGCAGAGGUGUGGAUGGACGAGUUCAAGAGCCACGUCUACAUGGCCUGGAACGUUCCCCAGGAGGAUUCAGGUGUAGACAUUGGGGACAUCUCUGAGAGGAAAGCCCUGAGGAAAAGGCUGCAGUGUAAAACGUUCCGGUGGUAUCUGGUAAACAUCUACCCUGAGAUGAGAAUGUACACAGACACCAUCGCCUACGGAACGCUGAAGAACUCUCUGAAGACUGAGCUGUGUUUGGAUCAAGGCCCGGACACGGACAACGUUCCAAUCCUGUACCUCUGCCAUGGGAUGACCCCUCAGAACGUGUACUACACAAGCACUCAGCUGCUCUAUGUGGGCAUUCUCAGCCCCACCAUCGACGACGACGACAACAAGUGCCUGGUGGACGUCAACAGCCGCCCAAAGCUGAUUGAGUGCAGUUACGCAGCGGCGAAGCGCAUGAAGCUCCACUGGCUUUUUACUCAGGGAGGCUCCAUACAGAACAGGAAGUCGAAGCGAUGCCUUGAGCUAGUGGAGAGCAAUGACAACGAGUUUGGAUAUCAGCUGGCACUCCAAAAAUGCACUGGACAGAAAUGGACUAUCACCAAUAUACUGCCUGGUAGUACCUUGUAAUGGAUCUGUUCCUCUGAAUAGACAUUCAGAGCAAAGAACAGCCAAAAAGAAGAGAGAGAAAAAAAAAAAGAGCCAAAGCUAGUACAACACUGGAUUUCAUCUGGAGGUUUGGCUGAAACGAGGCGACCACAAUUGCACCUGGAUGUCUCUAAUCGAACUUGACAUCAUAUGAUAAAUGUUACACAUUUUACCCCUAGCUACUGUACAUGUGCAUAUGCAUCAGCCAGGUUUGGCAGAUACUGCAUUGUGCAUCGAUGAAGUUCCACACUGUUCUAUUUUGUGCAAGGUAAUCUUGGAUUUGUGUUGACUCAAAGGUUUUACGGGGCCCAGAGGCAAUGGUUUUUAUGUAUUUUUGGCCCAUAAUUUUUGCUACCGUGUAGCAAGCUUUGGCAACGUUUCUUGCUGUAUUUCUUUCCUUCUAGUGUCUCAGGUUUGUAGGUUGAGAUUAUUUUGAAAUCAAGCUGUACAUUUUGGGGACAUGCCAAUACAUUGGAAUAUAUCUAGAUACAAUCGACUAUUUUAUAUCUACAUGUAAAUAUAUUCUCAGUAUUUAUAAUAUACGGCAUUAAAGGAACAGGUGGUGAAAGAAAAAAA